UGGAGGAAGAUGUAACAACUAAGAGCUGUGUACACUGCUUUUCUUAGUCAGAUUUUCAUAACGCUUUGUGAUUAUGAAAGAGGCUCAUAGCUUUGUGUUAUCUCUGCCUGCUUUAACCCUUCUGGUUGCCACCAACGCUUGGUGACUUUUGGUCUUUUUGCUCUGCUGCAGCCUUCUCUAACUACAAACUCUGUAUUGGAUGGCUUAGUCUGUCACUCACAACCCAGGGAGUGGUGUAUUCCAGUGGGAAAACAUAAUGUGAGACUUGCCAGGCACCUCUCUCACAGCAGCAAGUUUGACUUGGCUUGUCUAAACUCCCUGAUCACUUGUUAGGACUCAUGUUGAGGAGUCAAUCUCGCUACGCUGGAAAAUCUUUGCCCAGUUCGCCAUUUGUUCUUUCAACUUUUGGGGACUCAGAAAAAUGCUCAGACCAUUGACUUUGCUAGCUACUGAGAAGCCGUUUUCUGAACGAAUUCACGCCGAGGAGCUUGUGUUUGAUACCUCUUCUCCAUCUGACUGCGAGCCUCCAGUUGUGACAACAGGUUUACCAGCGAGGGAUGACCAGACAAGGGCAAUUUGUAUAGAGAAGAUUUUUUUCAAGCUUUUUUGUCUGCUUCAUCUGAUUGGGAGAGCUCUUCGGAUUCAAAGUGAAAUUUACCCUACUACGAAACCCAGACCGAGAAGAGGGUUUAGGAUUUCCUGAAAAGAGGAAACAGCAGCCGUGAAGGGGAACAAAACAGUGGAACUGAGGGUGGACACUAAGCAGGCCUUAUGUGCUAUCACAUGUUCUCCCCGUGUUUCCGUGGGUUUCCUCCAGGUACUCUGGUUUCCACAACCCAAAAACAUGCUGAUCUUACAGGUGAAUAAGGUGAUGUCCAUCCUGUUCUGUGUGAUGUUUCUUCCUUAUCUUUGCGGCAUCCACGCUACCACCAUGGAUAAGAGGAAUUUGCCCGAAAACUCAAUGAAUUCUUUCUUUAUAAAGCUCAUGCAAGCCGACCUUGUAAAAAACAAAGUUUCCAAACAGGUGGCCAACGCCAAGGCAAACCACCAGCAAAAUACAAUACCAAAAGCAGAAAUCAUCAUUGACCUGGAUAUGGUUGAUGACAGCCUUGAAAGUGGGAAAUCGGACUUUCAGCCGGUCGCCUCAUUGGAAACAGAACUGUUUAAGCAUCAGCGACAGAGACGUUAUAAUUCGCCACGUGUGCUGUUGAGCGGGAACUUACCCUUGGACCCUCCACCCUUGUAUCUAAUGGAUGACUUUGUUGGGCAUUCUCACUCAACAAAUAGGACGUCAAGGAGGAAAAGAUACGCAGAGCACAGGGGCCACCGAGGUGAAUUUUCGGUUUGCGACAGCGAGAGCUUAUGGGUCACAGACAAGUCGAAUGCCAUUGAUAUUCGGGGGCACCAAGUAACUGUUUUGGGGGAAAUUAAGUCUGGCAAUUCACCGGUUAAGCAAUAUUUUUAUGAGACGCGAUGUAAGGAUGCAAAGCCAGUCAAAAACGGAUGCCGAGGCAUUGACGACAAACACUGGAAUUCUCAAUGUAAAGCAUCCCAAACUUACGUCCGGGCAUUGACUUCUGAAAACAACAAACUGGUGGGAUGGAGGUGGAUCAGGAUAGACACAUCUUGCGUUUGCGCAUUAUCGAGAAAAAUCGGGAGAACAUAGCUUUAACUCUUCACUAUAUAAAUUAUUACUUUAAAUUAUAUAAUAUGCAUGUAGCAUAUAAAUGUUUAUAUUGUUUAUAUAUUAUAAGAUGUUCUUAUUUAUUAAAUUUCAGCAAACUUAUAUAAGCUUUAUCUCCCCUCCAAACAGAUCCCAAGGCCUGUGCCUUCUGUAGGGCAUUUAAAAAAAACAACAACAAAAAAAGUAAACUUGUGAUUCCACUGCGAGCAGUAUAUUUGACCCAAAAACGAUGUGUCAGUAUUUGUCAUACAGUAUUUUCUUUGCCAGUGACUUUUCAGACUUUUCAAAUUCCGCUAUAUAUAAGAUGUAUAAAUUGUAUGCACAUUAUAUUCAAUUUCAAUAUAUUUUACCUCGACAAUUAAAAAAAAAAAGUAAUAUUAAAAAGAGAAUACAAGUUCCAUUGCAAAACAAAUGGUAAGAUUCCAGUGAUGUUAUACAUUACUUAUUUUGCUCCUUUGUAUAUAUAAGAUUUUGUUUUA